GUUAACAACGCAAGUGUAUAUCAGAUACACUUUUAUUUUUUAUUUUUCGCAUUUUUAUUUUCAUUAAGUAUUCAAACGGGACACGUUUAAGAUCGACUUUGCUCACAAAUCUAUCGAAACCGUUUUGCAUCAAAAUUUGGUGUAUGUUUCAGUGGAAAAGAAAUUCCAUUAUUCGAAAGUGAAGUGUUUCUUAUAAAUUAAGUUAUAGACUGCAACCGAAGCAAUUAUUUCCAAUUGAAUAAUAAAUUUUCGAAAAAAAAUUCCAAACAAGAAAAACAAAUCCAAAACAAAUCCGAAUUGAUGGAUUUAGUGAUUGGAACUAUACGAUCGGGCAAACAAAAACAGAAUAAAAUAAAUGAUAUCGAAUAUUGCCAAGACGAAUUCAUUGGCAAUGAUGUGAAGUGUAAAGACGCCUAUCGCAUGGAUACGAUUGUUUAUAAUGCUAGUGGAUGGAUACGAAUUUAUUGCGGACCCUAUCGAGAUGUUAUCGACUUUGAGGAGCCCAGUCGUAUGGUCCAUGUCAUUUCCAAUGACACCACAAAGGAUAUUGCCGAUGAUAUGGAGCUGCCACCUGAAUAUACGAUAUGGAUGCAAAUCGGUGGAGCGUCAACUAGACGAUUACAGCAACACGAAUAUCCGUUCAUUGUUCAAGACAAUUUCUUUAAGAAAAUUGGUUACAACAAUUCAUCGCGACGAGCCCGUCUGGGCAUCGAUCCAGAUUUGAAAUACUUGCUACGAUUCUACAUUGGACCAGCUGAAGUGCCGAUGUGUGAAGGUGUUCAGCAAUCUGGAACUAUUGAAAUUCUAAAGGGACUCGUAUUUCCACAGUGGAAACGAAGAUCGGUGGCGAUAUUUCAUAAUUUACUCUACGUUUUCCCAGGCAACACCAUUGCAGCACCGGAAAUUUAUGACUUAUCAACAGUGAAUAUUGUUGAACAUUUGCCAUGCUACAAUCGAUUGAUUUUGAAAAUUGAAUCCAGAAAUUUCUCUGAAAGUGUUGAUGGAAAGAAGGAUAAUUUUGAAUAUUUAUUUAAAAGUAAUUCGAACUGUGAGGUAUACAAUAGCUCACACAGUGUUAAUUCAACUGGAGACAUUGCGGAACGGGAGCGUGUUUUGUUUAUCGGAUUUGAGGAAUCGUGGGAAAGAGACCUAUGGUCCAGUUGGUUGAUUCAAGCUUCAUCACAAAGAAGUGAUGACAAACACAUUAACUUGUCAAGCUGUGGAUUGCAAUCCAUACCAGAAAUUGUAUUACAAUCAAUGCAAUCAGUCGAGGAAUUGCUAGCUGGCCAAAACAAAUUACAAGAAAUUGGACUACAUGCAUUGAGUGAACUACAUUGCCUCCGUAUACUACGGUUGCCCGGAAAUGGAUUUUCGGAGUUCCCGACCUCGCUGUUGAACCUGUCUGAUUUAGUGGUGUUGGAUUUGUCUGAUAAUGAAAUUUUUGACUUACCAAUGGAUAUCUAUCGACUGGAAGCACUAGAAGAACUGUGCCUCGACCGAAACAAAAUAACUGACUUACCUCAAUCAUUAAGCCGACUAUCGAAUCUAAAAUCGUUGCAACUGUCGCAAAAUUAUUUAUCAGAAAUACCACCAUUUCUAUCCAAAAUGAAGACGGUCGGAUUAAUGGAUCCUAAUUACCCAGAUAAUGAUCUGAAUCACUUGAAUCCACCAUUGACCAGAGUAAGCUUACGUGCUAAUCAUCUCCGUGGCAGUAUCAUACUUGGUAAUUAUGGUUACCUGACACAAUUGGAUGUGAGUGAAAACGACAUUGAGGUGUUAGAUUUGUCAGCUUUAGACAAAUUGGAAACUCUGCAAUGUUCGAGGAACAGAUUAAAAGAAUUGACACUUAAUGGCAGGGUUUUGCGUUCUUUGAUUGCUGGGAAUAAUGAUUUGACAAAACUAAACAUCAUACCUGAUCCGCACAAUUUACGUCACUUGGAUAUCAGCUUCAAUAACUUAAGACAACUUCCCACUUGCAUAACUGGCUGUCAACAUUUGCAGACAUUAUUCGCCAGCAACAAUCGCAUCGAAAUCCUGCCAGCGAACAUAUUUACCAACGAAAUGUUUUCCCUUCGAACAAUACAAUUGGAAUACAAUAACCUACAGAGCUUACCGCCGAUGCCAGAUAGAUCUCUGCCACUGCACGAAAUGUUUCUUCAAAACAAUUCAAUCGAAGACCUACCGGAAAAUUUCUUUAUCGCAUGCGAUCAUCUGGUACUGUUGAAUAUAUCCAGGAACAAGCUGUUGACGCUGCCAAUUAUUGACGGCAGAAAUACUGCUUUGGAGAAACUUUAUGCCACUUGUAACAAUUUUACCGAUCGUGUUCUGGACACAUUGACAUGCCUGACGAAGCUAAAAGUUUUACACGCCGCUUACAACAGAUUGACGACAUUCAUCGAAAAUUGUUCAAUGCAAUGGCCUGAAUUAGAAGAGCUGGUGCUGUCUGGAAAUAAAUUGCAGCAUCUGCCUGAGGAUCUAGCUAAUAUGCCCAAUCUUAAAGUGCUACGAAUUCAUUCCAAUCAACUACAAUCUGUACCAGCCUUGGCACGUACAACCACUCUACGUAUAUUGGACCUUGCUCACAAUCAACUAGACAAGAUCAAUUUAGUCUCACUGGUUUCAAAGAAAUUGAAAUUUCUCGAUCUAUCCUGCAACAAUCAGUUACAGGUUGAUCCAAAACAGCUUGAAGUAUGCCAGUCACAACGUCCAAUGAGCUUAGUUGACGUAUCUGGAAAGAACAGACAGAGCUUACCGUCGUCACCACACUCGUAUCAAGAAAAUAUGGAUUUCCAGCCACCGUGGAAGGUUGGAUUCUCUGAAACGGCUGGAAAUGUGUCGAGACUUUAUAUCUCUCAGUUACGAUUGCCUUGCUUUUGUAACAACGAAGGUCUCUUUGGAUUGUUUGAUGGCGAAAGCAGUCGGACCAUCCCCAUCGAAUUGACGAAAGUUAUACCGAAAAUUUUACUGGAUGAACGCACCGUUAAGGAAACCGCUGAUGAUUACAUGAAAUACACUUUGCUGUCAGCCCACAGGGAACUCAAACAACAAGGCCAAAGACAAGGAGUUUCUGCUAUUCUGUGCCACAUAUCCCUGGAACGCGAACACUUGGCACAAUAUCAUCUGAAGUCGAUAAACAAACGAAAAUUUAUUUUGAGAGUAGCCAGCGUUGGUGAGAUAUCAGCAAUUUUAGUGCGGCAAUCCGGCAAUGUUAAAUUAACUCCAAUCACUCAAAAUCGACAGAUUGGAAACAGUGCAGGCUUUCCGAUGGUCGUUCCAGAUCCAGACAUCUGUGAAGUAACACUUAGUGACCAAGAUGAAUAUCUCGUCAUAGCUAAUAAGAAAUUAUGGGAAGUUUUGGAUCCACCAGCGGUUAUUCGAGAGAUUCGGAGCGAGGAAAAUGUUUUGCUGGCAGCGAAGCGCAUUCAAGACAUUGCGCAAAGCUAUGGAGCCGAAGAGAAUAUAAGCGUCAUAGUGGUCAGGUUUUCCAGUGUCGGAACUAAUGCCGACUAUUUGAUUCGUGAAUUGAAACAGACGAUUAACAAAAAACCGAACGGUCAUACAAUGACCGGAUAUUGUCGAUGCGGUUGCUGUUGUGAAUCGAAUAAUAAUUGCGUUCAUUCGGGUGGUGCUCUACAAUUUAUUCGUCAGCCGUCCGGUCGAAGUGAUCGAUCAUCACCUAGCGGACAGAGCGAUCAUACUGGAAGUGAAUUAUCCGGGAGUAUUUUUAAAAAAACCACAGACUCAUCGUCGAUCGGCAGCAGAAAGACUAGCAAUUAUACACCGAACGAUCGGCGCAGUUUGAGAGGAGGCGUAGUUCGUGCAGUUCGAGCAAGGAUAGAAGAGGAACAGGAACGUGAACGCGAAGAAACCGAUUCCACAUUAUCCGAAGAACAAUUUAAAUGCUGGGAGUAUAUGCUCGAACAGAACCAUCAGCUUUUAUUCGACAAGGAGCUGAACACGAUAUCCAAAGCAUUUUCCAAAAACCUCACCAAUUCCAGCAAUUUAACAAGAGCCCAAAUCAAGGCAUUAUCGUCCAGCACACCUCAGCUAUCGUACAAUGAAAUAGCCAAGCCGGUCAUAACACAUUACCAUCGACACAACGGCAGUGUACCGUUACUAUCGAAGCACUUCGGCAGUGCCCGAUCAUUUCAUCCACAUUCGUCGGGAUUGUUCAAAUCGUUGCGCAUGAGCUCGGAUCGAUUUCGACCAAUAAAUGCCGGCCCAAAUGCAGCCUAUUUCGGAUCAUUACAACGACUCAUGCCAUAUAAUUUGGAAUAUGAUUUUGCUGUGACUCAUGAGAAAAUGAUGGACGAAUCGUUGGACCAUGAAAAGAGAAUGCAACAGUAUUGGGGUGUGGCGACUACUGAAUUGUGAUAAAUUUAAAUUUCGAUUGGUUACCAGGUUUGAAUAAGUUUUGUAAUGAAAUUUCGAUUCUUUUUUGCUAAGAAUUUUUUAUUUGAAUUAGAAGACGAGUCGUAGUGAAAUGUCGUUUCCAAAUUCAGAGAUUUUCAGAGACCAAUUUAUUGAGAUUAGUGCUACCAUAAAAUUUUUCCUCUAGUCUUCACUAUCAGCGAUAUUUUAACUAAAGUAAUCAUUGUCAGUAACAUCGGUUAAAGUUUCCGUCUCCGAUCUAAAAGCUGAAUGUAUAUUGACCAAUUGCCAAUUUGCAAAAAAAUCACAAACUUGAAUUGAAAUUGAAGCAACAAUUAUCGACAGUGAAAUUCGGAGAUAAUAAGCACGGCUUGGCGCAGUGCCCAUACCUAGUUUUACCACACCGGUAAUUUUUUUGGUAAAUAUUGGGAAAUUUCGAAAUUUUCCAGUAAUUUCGGUAAACGAAAUCCGUAAAAAAAACCUUUAAAUAGUAAAAAGUGACGCAAGUCUCUGUGUACAUUCUGCGCUUGUACUACAAAAAUUGGACCCAGAAAAUUUUACAAAAAAAGCAUCUGCGUUUUGCAACCUGAGCUUCUUCGAAAUUCAUAGCUCGUUCAAAUGAAUAUCAAUUUUAAAGUGCGAUAGCUAUUUGAACUCGUAUGGACGCACUGAUUUUUUAAUGAUAAUUUCGAGCUAAACUGUAAAGAACCUUACCACUAAAAUGUCAAUUUUUGGUCAACACAUUCUCGAAAUCGAUUCAUGAUGGCACAUUUUUGGCCAAAUGUCUUCUACAUUUUUCUCCAUUUGACCAAAAAUGAGACAAAAUGGGUUCAUGGGUAAAAAGCGAUUUCAAGAAUUGACAUUUAAGUGCCAAGGUUGUUUGUAUUUUGUAGUCGGCAGUCAAAACGUUUGAGA